AUGUUUUCUCCUGUGACAGAGGCCGAGACGCGUCAGAAAUUGCUGCGCAAUGUGAAGAAAGAGGUGAAACAAAUUAUGGAGGAGGCAGUAACGAGGAAAUUUGUGCAUGCUGACAGCAGCCACAUCAUAUCUUUCUGUGCUGUAGUGGAGGCCUGCGUGCUUCAUGGACUGAAGCGCCGUAUUGCAGGCCUGCUGUGCAGUAACAAGGUUGCAGCCCUCUUUAUGAAGGUGGCAAAAAGCUUCACACCUGCUGAGGAACUCUGCCAUAAGGUCCAGGAGCUGGAACAGCUCAUCGAAAACAGCAAGCAGAACAACUCUUCGCUGAGUAAUGACCGCAGUCGGCAGUCUAAGUUGGCCAACCUCCCUCCUCAGGCACUAAAACACUUGUGGAUUCGAACUGCACUGAUGGAGAAGCUCCUGGACAAGAUUGUCCUGUACUUGGUAGAGAACAGCAGUGCCUUCUAUGAGAAAGAAGCUAUGCUUAUGGAUCCUGUGGAUGGACCAAUUCUUGCAUCUCUAUUGGUUGGCCCUUGUGCUUUGGAGUACACCAAAGUUAAGACUGCAGACCACUUCUGGACAGACCCGUCUGCGGACGAGCUCGUACAGCGACAUCGGAUCCAUAGCGGCCACUGUCGGCAGGACUCUCCCUCCAGAAGACCUGCCCUGAUCCAGAAGAGACAGUCCAGUGGUAGCAUGGAUGAUCGCCCUCUCAUGUGGGUGAGGGAAUAUGUUGAAUCCCUGCACCAAAACUCCAGAGCCACACUGCUGUUUGGAAAGAACAAUGUCCUGGUGCAGCCUAGAGAUGACAUGGAGGCCAUCCCAGGCUACCUCUCUCUGCAUCAAACUGCAGAUCUCAUGACACUGAAAUGGACGCCCAAUCAGCUGAUGAAUGGCAAUGUGGGGGAGUUAGAUUCUGAGAAAAGCGUUUAUUGGGAUUAUGCGAUGACUAUUCGUUUGGAAGAGAUUGUUUAUCUUCACUGUCAUCAGCAAGUGAACAGUGGUGGGACAGUAGUUUUGGUGAGCCAGGAUGGGAUCCAGAGACCUCCUCUACAUUUCCCUAAGGGAGGCCACCUCCUGCAGUUCCUCACCUGCCUGGAGACCGGCCUGCUACCCCACGGACAGCUGGAUCCACCACUCUGGAAUCAGAGAGGAAAGGGAAAGGUUUUCCCUAAACUGCGAAAGAGGAGUCCACAUGGCUCAUGUGAUUCUGUAUCAGAUAAGGAAGAUGAUGAAGCAACCGAUUAUGUGUUUCGGAUCCUCUUUCCUGGCAAUCAGAUGGAGUUCAUGGCUCUAGAGCUGAUGGACCAGGGUGUGAACAUGUGGCAACCAACCCCCAGAAAGUCCUCCUGUUCCUCCUGCUCACAAAAUGGCUCUUCUGACGGCUCUCUGCCUAAUGGCUGUAAUCAAGAAAGAGCUCCCUUAAAGCUCCUUUGUGACACCAUGAAGUACCAGAUAAUCUCCCGUGCUUUCUAUGGAUGGCUUGCGUACUGCCGUCAUCUGUCAACAGUUCGUACCCACCUUUCUGCUCUGGUGAACACCACUAUAGUUGACCCUGAUGUGCCCUGUGAUGCCAAAGGAGGCCUCUCUGUGGAGGUCUGGGGCAGGUUCCUCAAGGACAGCUCUGCCUAUGAGGAGAAGGAGAUACACAGGCUUGUGUAUUUUGGUGGUGUGGCUCCUUCACUACGCAAAGAGGUCUGGCCCUUCCUGUUGGGACACUACCAAUUCACCAUGACUGAGAAGUCCAGACUGGAGAUUGAUGAGCAGAUGCAGAUCAUGUACGAGCAGACUAUGAAGGAGUGGCAGGGUUGUGAAGCCAUUGUCCGUCAGAGGGAGAGAGAGAAACACGCUGAGGCCCUUGCCAGAUGUUCAUCUGGAGCCAGUGUGGAAAGAGGACCAGUGCAGCGGGAUUCUACCAUCAGUACAGAUUCAUCUAUAAGUAGCAGCUCGGAUCAACAGAAUACCCACUCUCAGAGUGAUUCCAGCAGUAGCGUACAGGCAGUGGAUCAGAUUGAGUCUGAGCCCAGGGCUGAGGAGGGAGAAGUGGAGCACAGUAGUCCAGUGAAGGACAUCACAAAUGGCACUGCAGAAUCCACACAGCUUCCCUCCUUGAACCCCACCUCUCCAGAUCCAUCAAAUGAACAUGUAGCUUCCGAAAACAAGCCUCUUGUAACAGAGCCAGCUGUUGGAUCUACAACAUCUCAGCCGUUAGCUGAAGCAUCAGAAGUCUUAAAUGAGAAGAUUACAACUGGAUCACAGCCAGGGGGAUUGAAUGUUAUGGACCCAGCAGCCAAGGAAAAGGUCUCAGAUAUUGAAAAGAUGGAGACAGUCCCAGAAAGUGAGGUAGUUCAGGACACUGAAAUUAGUAAGUCAAAAGAGACAUCUGAGGCUGAAGAUAAAGCUAAAGUAGAAGAAAAAGAUAUAACAAUGAAUGAGCAAUCUAAAGAUUUAAAGGGAGUGGACACAAAUAUGAAUAUAAGAGCUCCAGAGAACACUAAUGUUCUAAAGCUGGAAACAGAGAUUCAUAAUGAAUAUUUCCAAGCACCUCCACUUGGGCAGACCUUGACUUUUCAAGCACACAAGAGCAAAGAUCUGGAAGUGGAGCCAUUAUGUCCGACCACAGCAGAAAAAGACACUAAUCCACCAGCUGAAAAAAAGUCAGAGAUUUCAGAAAAAAUUGAAACACCUACUGAAAAAAACCCAUCACAAAUGAUCAAGACCAGUGCCACAGAGUCAGAAAGGAAGGGAGCUGAAGCAACAGUUUGUGACUUGGCUGAAACCAAAAAGGACAAAGCUGCAGAAAUUCCACUAGACAAACCUGGUUCAAAUUCACCAGUCAGACAAGUGCUGAAUGCUCUGCAGUCAGCGUCCAGAGGGAGCCUUUCAUUAUCGUCCCACUCUCGGCAGUCUCCAGACACAGCAGAUUCAGAUGACUCUCCUUCUGCGCUGGAAAUGGAGGACAUUCCUGCAGGGAUAACAUGUGUGACCUCUGAGGAUAUUAAGGCCAGGCCUUUGGCAGUCCUUGCUGCACCGCCCAUCUCUCUGGCACAGAGAGAGAAAAUGGCGUCCGAGGGCCUUGUCCUAGAUCACCAUCUGGACACAGCUUGUAACACCAGUCCUGAGGGCACAGACCUGGGCCUUUCUGAAGAGGAGCCUGAGAUGGAGAAUGUGCUCACUGAAGCAGAGUCUGCAGAGGUGGGAGGAGACACCAAACACGAUGAAUCCUCAGAGGAACAAACCUAUUCUCAAGAAACACUGGACAUGUACUUGAUAAACUUACAUCGCAUUGACAAAGAUGUCAGACGCUGUGACAGAACGUAUUGGUACUUCACUCCUGAGAACCUGGAGAAGCUGCGAAAUAUAAUGUGCAGUUACGUGUGGCAGCAUCUGGAUACAGGAUACGUCCAGGGCAUGUGUGACCUGCUGGCUCCGCUACUGGUUAUUCUGGACGAUGAGGUCAUGGCAUUUAGCUGCUUCACUGAGCUGAUGAAGAGGAUGAACCAGAAUUUUCCUCACGGAGGUGCUAUGGACUCUCAUUUUGCCAAUAUGCGUUCUCUUAUCCAGAUCCUGGACUCUGAGCUGUUUGAACUGAUGCAGCAGAAUGGAGACUAUACCCACUUCUACUUCUGCUAUCGCUGGUUUCUACUGGACUUCAAAAGAGAAAUGGUGUAUGAUGAUGUGUUCUCGGUGUGGGAAACAAUCUGGGCAGCCAAGCACACCUCCUCUGAGCACUUUGUGCUCUUCAUUGCUCUGGCACUUGUGGAGAUGUACAGGGACAUCAUCCUAGAAAAUAACAUGGACUUCACAGACAUCAUCAAGUUCUUCAAUGAAAUGGCAGAGCGACACAACGUCCCCCAAGUCCUGAUGAUGGCUCGAGACCUGGUCCACAAAGUGCAGACUCUCAUUGAAAACAAGUGAUGCCCGAUGCUGCUGUUUAACUCCCAUGGUCCUUUGCGCUACAUUGUUUGAAGUUACCGACACAACCACGUAACAGUCAUGUAUUCAAGAGGAAAGAAAUCAGUGUAAAUGAGAUGCAGUGAUUGGUUAAGUGCUAAAAGACAAUUGGUCAUUAAAACUGCUCAUUACUCUAAGAUAGUUGUAUAACAACUUAUCUCCACUUGCUCCUUUCUAUAUUCAGGAGAUGCAAGUAUUGCCAGUACAUUUCUUUUUAAAGUGUUAUUGUUCACCUAGUGAAUGUACCCUUGUUGAAACUGCUUCAGGAUGUUAUUUAUUUUGCCUUAAACUUAGCUAUUCUUUCAGGGAUACAGCAACCAAAUUCUUCACUGUAUUGUUAUUCUUAAAGGUUAAUUUUGUCAAGUUAUACCUGCCAUACUUAUACAUCUUGUGAUGCACUUGAAUAUAGUUUCAGUCUUAUUAUUUUGCUGAAAUGGUAGCUGCCAUGGUUAAACAUCUUGUGAUACACUUGAAUAUAUUUUCAGUAAUAAUAUCUGGCAUUGUUAGAUGAUUUUGGUUUUGUAAGCAUUAGAGGCGCUACCGACCAGGUCGUAGUUGGUUAGUGCCAGGUUGUGUCCAAGUAGCAUGUGUGGUCACUGGUUUGCUUCUCAACAGCCAUUCUGAGGACCACUAGCUGGCCUUUCUCAGGCUUGGUGGGCCCUCUCUCUGUGUUUGCCUGUGGUGCACACAAGCUAGCAGGAUAUACAGACUGAACCUGUAAACUCUGUGCAGUGCAGCAUGAUUGCACAUAGUUUGCAUAUACAGUAUCGCCAUUUCCCCAGUUCCCAAAGUUCUCACACUGCGUGCUCUUUCUAUCUCAGUCCUCCACUAUGCAUAGAUUAAGGUGUGAUUCAGCCUGCUUAAUUCCAGCUCAUUCAAGUGGUUAAUGCAGAUGUUGAGUACAUUUUUCUUCCCUUGACUGACAAAAUGCUGCUCACGCUGAAGAAUUCAGCUGCUGGUUCUCACAACAUCAAGACACAACAGUGCUAAAAAGUUCUGCUUCCUUGCAACAUUGUGACAGCUGCUGUGAUGGUUAAUUAUGAGCCUGUGGUAAACCCAACGAGGUGUGCAGUGAAGGUAUCCUUCUUCCUUUGUACUCUUUCACUUUACCCCUAAGAAGUUUCAUAGUUUCCUGCCUCCAUCUUGCCCUGCAGAUCUAUGUUGCCUUGACUUUAACACACUCUGGUCAGUUCCUUAUGCCAAAACUGGCAGCAAGGUUCUCGAUAAUUGAUGAUAUUUCCUGGAGUAACUGUGCAUUUCUCUUCACUAUUACCUCAAAAUCUCUGUAUUCAUAUCUGGUUAAAAAGGAAGUCUGCUGGCUAACCACUUAACCUUUCAUUUGAGGCUGAUACUUGCCAUUUUUCAUAGAUCUUCCUCAGUUACAUUUUGUGUCCUGUAAAGCUAUUUUUUACCCUCCGCCCCCAUGGGUUUACCUCUUUGAUUUAUUCAUCUGAAAGGGCAGUCAAGUUGUGCUCAGCCUGCUCAGUUGGAUCUGGUGCCCUCCAUUUCCUUGGUGGGCUCACCUCUUGGUCCAGACAGUAAUGGCCACCAGAUUUGCUACUGCCCACCUCUUGGAUAGUAUCACAUUUAAAGGGUGAGUUCAGUGAUAGUUAUUCAGUGGUAUGUAGCCAUGGAUAUAAUCUUUUUUUAUGUGUGCAAGUUUUGAGAUAUACACCACUGAAUCUUCUGCCCCCUCACAUUAUUUAAUGGUAGAGAGCAAUCCCAAUGAAAUCCCAGUUAACGUGAAUCUGACAUCUUUAGCAGAUGGAUAUUUAAAAAUCUCAGCUGAUAAAACAACUAUAUAUGACAUUGGUAGACAACAACAGAGAUACGUCAGAAAAUAUGUUUCAUUGGUGCCACUCACAGUUGCAAAAUAGCCAAAGCACACCCAUGUUUGGUUCACUGUGGCUUAAAUUCCAGUGCUUUGAUAUAACUGCUAAUGUGUCUCCAUAUGAUCUUCAAAAACAUGCCUGAGUAUUGCUGUUUGUGUAUUGCUGUGUUUGCUGUCAGAAGAUUUACUGUAUACAAUGUGUUUAAAAGAAACGGACUUAUUGUACAAAAAAACAAGCUAGUACAUAUUUAUUAAAUGCAAUACAAUGUCUGUACAGUAUAUGGGCUUUAACAGAUUAUAAUGAACAGAAAGACAGUAUGUCAUUGGGAAUAAAUAUAUUUUUAUUUUUUUCUGUGUCUUCUCAAAUUGUCACCUGGUAUACUUAAUUUAUUGUGUAUUAAAAAUAUUAUAUUUUGCA